GAAGGCAGUGUUCGAUCCCGUCUCAUUAUGUCGCCUUUCAGGACGAGUCGGUGGAAAGAGAGGAGAGAGAGGAGAUGGGGAGAGCCACGGCAUCGGAGCGAUACGAGGAGCUAGGGUUAGCGGAGGCCCUCUCGCGGCCCUACGACUACCCCACGGCGUGCCGCGAGCUCGGCCUCAUCCUUCGACUCGCCUACGCGAAGCUCCCAAAGGGCCUCCAGUCCCUCGUCUUUCGCGACACCCUCUCCGCCUUCCGCCGCCUCCCGCAAGUGCAAACAGGUUAUGGAAUUUCAUCAGCAAACAUCCUUCUUCAGGCAGCAGAAGUCGUGUUGCCCAAGCAGAAAAAGGCACUAGCUGUUUCAGAGUUCAAGCAUGCUGCGGUUGCACACAAGAGGCACUCCAGAGCUCAUGAAGAUGGAGGUUCAAUGCAAUUACCACAUGAUGUGCUUGUCCACAUCUUCAGUUUUCUGGACAUGCGAUCUUUAGUAACAGCCAGUUCAGUAUGCUGGGCAUGGAAUUCUGCUGCAAGUGAUGAUACAUUAUGGCAGUUGCAGUAUUCCCUUCUGUUUGGAGAGUAUGACAUCAGCCGCCUGCGGACUGGCAAACUAGUUCAAGUCAAGGAUAUGGUUUUCCAUCAAGGCAUAGAACGUGUGGAUGCAAUGACCAAUCUCAACUGGAAGGAAGCUUAUAGAAGAAAAUAUAUAGGUAAUUCAUCAUUGAGAUUCACCUCAAAUAGAGCAUUAUGCGUACAUUGCGAUUCAAUUAUUUGGCUCAGCCACAUGACUUGCGCCAGGCCACACCAUUGUCAUAAGCUUGAGAAUCAGAGAGUAAAAAUAAGACCCCUAUCACCUAAUAAGGUUGUGAAUUAUCUAGUGGGAGAGACUGAAUUAACAUUGUCAUCGUCUGACGAAAGUGAUAGUAGUGAUACUGAUGAAUUGUCGAACCAUGGACAGCGGCUUCUGAAGUUAUGGGCCUAUCCGAAGCUUACAAGCACCAGCUAAAACGUGCCUUGUAGAAUGUUUAAUUUUGGAGGCCUCCCCGCCUCUGCAGUGUGGGCAGCCUGAAAAUGUUCAUCGUGUCACUUCUAAGAGUGCAGGCCAGUUAUGGAAGAUCGGUAUAUGACAUGAUUUGGAAUCCAUGAACAGUGGGAAAUGUGAAGGUACUUAAGCGUUAUUAAACCAUCAUCUUCCAUGAUCAUAUUAUCGAAUUGGAAGUGAUUCGCGAUUGUACUUCAAAUAUGGUUGUAUUUAUUCAACACUUAUAUUUUGCUUGCCAUAUCUAUGUACAUAAUACAGUUUGAAAGUCUGAACCUCAAUCCGGUUUUAGCAGUAAACCAAGGUCUUUCAGACAGUAGAGUAAUCUGUAGGAAACAUCAGCUUCUGUUAUCAGAGAUCUAUGCCCUUCAACUUUAGCUGUUGCCUGAGACGGCCAGCCAAAUGGUGGCUGAUGGAGAGCAGUUCAAGUUGCAAAAUGAAAUAUAUCAUGCUCGAAUUGUGAAUGGGACAACAUGGUCCAAAGUCAUUGUGCUCUGAUCUUUUUUGCCUUUAAAUUGUGUAUUCGUGUAAUUAUUUUGAAGAAUUUGGUUGUACAGAUCAUAGGAACACCACACACAUUUAGAUACAGGAGCUGCAUUCAAAGCCCAUAUCCUGGUCAAUGAGGAUACAAACUGUGAUUGGGUUAAAUCCUGAUUGGUGACAGCAAGUGUACCUCUCUCUAUGCAAUUCAUAUUACUUCGGUUG